UGAACCAAUAGUGACACGACCGCCAAACUCUCGCCGAGCUCAUGCCAAACGAUUGCUCAACAUAAAGAUGCCCGUCAACAACUCUAAAUCUUCGAUGACGCCAUGUUGAAGAUCUCGGCGAGGGCGUGCAGCCGCCAGCUAGCGGACCGAGACGCUUCAGUCAUCGUAGCUAGAGAUGCAGCGUCCAGACCAAUAGCUGCACUAGCUCACCAGAUAGCAACGGAAGGCAAAAGUAAUCUUCUUUUUCGUAAGCACUACUCCAGCGUCUGUUCAAUGCGGUGGUCGUGUGUUUGUCGACCUUUGACUACUCUGCUUUGCGCCGGAUGAAAUGGCCUCGAACGGGCAACUACUUGCGCAUCACAACUACUACGGGACGACCGGAUAUGGCUCACCACCACCAUUCGAUACAUCACGGCCCAAGCUGAAGCCAGCAGAGCGAGAGCUAGCAGACUUCACGCUUGUCGAAGCCCUCGACCGCGACGACCGCCCUUCCUUCGCCGUCGAAGUACGCUCGUCCCUAGGCCACAACGAAGCCCACGCCCUCGACCUCAUAUACGCGAACACGGCGCUACAUCUCGUUGGCGGGUUACUGGCCAAGAUAACAGGCGACGACUCGACAAGCUUGUUCGCAGAGAGCUCGGCACCGCAACUUGCCUUCCGGGAAUGGAUUCGUGGGCAUGGGACGGAGGAGGACCUGCAACAACACGGCAAUGCAUACACAUUCGAAGGGCACAUAUGGAAUGCGACAGCUGUGGGGCGCUAUAAGAUUGUCAGCGGAGUGCCCACGCAACUGCUGUGGAUCGACGCCGCCCCAGGAGGAAAGAGCCACCGCACCCUCCGACGCGAGCGGAAAACCCCUCGGAGCAAGCAUCACGCAGACGCGCUGCCCAUCAAGCCCCAGCUGUCGCUUGCCCAGAUACCACAAACGUCCGAGCGCGCCACCAGUCCUUCCGCAGACAGAAGCGCCGUUCCGCACACCUCCUUCGACUGUACCUCUGAUUUACUCACUUCGACCAGCCCGCACAUCGAGUACUUCCGCAGUAUAGAUUGGGCAAAGACACCCUUAGGGCCAAUGAGUUCGUGGCCUAGUGACCUACGUUGCGUAGCGAACACAGUACUCAGUAACAAUGUGCCAGCCGUCAUGUUCUGGGGCGACGAUGUCAUCAUGCUGUACAACGAGCAAUACGUCCAACUCCUUGGCAGCCUCCAUCCCUGUAUGGGCGAAAGUGUCCGCGUCAAAGCACCUGAUCAUUGGGUUUCUUUUCAGCCUCUGGUAGACUACAUCAAAGCAACAGGCGAGUCAAUAGCCGAACCUGAUAUGCUUCUCUUCAUUGAGAGAGACAGGAUCCUUGAAGAGACACACUGGUCCUUUCAAUUCGUCCCAAUAUUGAACAGCGACGGCCAAGUGGCAGCCUACUAUCAGUCCUUCUACGAAGUUUCCAACCAUCGUAUCCUCGAGCGCCGCGUCUCUAGCCUGGUCGCAAUGGGAACCCAGAGCGCGAACGCCAGAGACUUUCCGUCGUUUUGGGAGACUACAUUGCGCUCACUCAGCUUGAAUGAUCAGGAUGUGCCAUUUGCUUUGCUAUACGCUGCCGAGCGGCAUGUUAGCGCUCAAAUACCUUCAGUGUCAUCCCCCGGUAGCAUUCCUCCGUUGGAAGGCUGCGUUCUCAAGGGUACAAUCGGCGUUUCGGCUGAUCAUCCCAUCGCCCCUGCGACUGUCAACAUCAACGAAGACACUUAUAUUCUCCAUGCGUUCCUCAGUCGAGCCGCCAAGUCUGGCAAAGCCACCGUUGUUCACGUCGAGGACCUUCCCGAUCCAACAAGGGCCUUGCAAGGCAUCGACUGGAAAGGAUAUGGUGACCCUUGUCGAACCCUAGUCAUCUGUCCAAUAAUCCCCACCACUGGAAACCAGGUAGAAGGCUUCCUCAUAAUCGGCAUAAAUCCGCGCCGGCCCUUUGAUGAAGAGUACCAGCAAUACCUGCAUGUCAUGGUGCGAUUACUGGCCACGUCUCUUGCUUCCAUCGUUCUUUUCGAAGACGAGGUCCAACAAAGAGAAAACGCCAUCAUCCAGGCUGCUCAGAUCCAAGAACAUCUGAUGGCUGAAUUACAACUCAAAGAAAGCAAGUUUCAGCGCUUCGCGGAACGAUCCGACGUAGGCAUCUUUAUCAUCGAUCCGAUAGGAACCUACACUUACCGUAAUCAACGAUGGCAUGAUAUGUUCGAGAUUGCAUCCUCUUAUGACAACGCCACGGAGGCAUGGUAUAAGAUUGCUUUCGAGGAGGACAUACCUUAUUGCCAAUCCUUGUUCGCCAAACUAAUCAUGAAUCAUGAAUCUGUCGUCUUUGAACUGCGUACGCGGAUGCCCUGGACGCCGCCAUCAGAGUCGGAUGAGCCGCAAACUGAGGACACCCAGCACUUUAAAUGGAUUCUGUGUUCAGCUUACCCCGAGUUGGGUCCGAGCGGCGAGGUUGUCGAGGUUGUCGGGAAUGUUACAGAUAUAUCUAAGCAAAAGUGGGCCGAAGGUAUUCAGAAGAUACGCAUGGACAGCGCCCUGCAAGGCAAACAACACCUGGAACACUUUUUGGACACAACAAGCCAUGAGAUGCGAAACCCUCUCAGCGCCAUAAUGCAAUGUGCGGAUUCCAUCACGUCCUCCUAUCCCCAGGAAGAUUACCAAGAGCGUCAAAACACCACACCAAACGAGUGGACGGCUUUCAUCGAGUCGACCCUGGACGCUGCCCAGACAAUAGCAGUUUGCGCAUCUCACAUGAAACAUAUAGUCGACGAUAUACUCACUAUCUCCAAGCUCGACUCGGGUCUCUUGGAUAUGACACCAGUGAUUGCGCAACCCGAGAGCGUGGUUAUGCAUGCAGUGAAAAUGUUCGAUGCUGAAGCAAGAGCAGCAGGUAUAAAGCUCGUGUUGACCGUGGAUCAAUCGUAUCGCGACAUGGAGAUUGACUGGGCAUCUCUAGAUCCAACGAGGGUACUGCAGAUUCUCAUUAACCUUCUCACAAAUGCUAUCAAGUUCACACGCUUGGAGUCCAUCAAGCGUGUAACAGUGACUCUCGCCGCUAGUCGCGCUGAACCCAUAUCAACGCCAACAGGAAUCCAGUACAACGAAGAGAGGCUAGUAGGACAAGAUCGCCACCUGGAAGACGACUGGAAGAAUGCCCAGGAAUUAUUCUACCUGCAGUUCGCUGUUACUGAUACGGGUCGUGGGCUUUCCGACGAAGAAAAAUGUAACCUCUUCACCCGCUUCUCACAAGCCUCACCUCGGACACACAUACAUUACGGUGGAUCUGGCCUUGGAUUAUUCAUAUCUAGACGUCUCACCGAGUUACAAGGCGGAUCAAUCGGCGUCGCGAGUGAGUCCGGAAGAGGCAGCACGUUUGCCUUUUACAUCAAAUCACGGAGGGCAAGGCCUGUCGUAGCCCGAAAAGGCAGUCUUCCGCAUGUCUUCCCCGAAGAGGUCAAGCACAGACGUCCGAUACCGCUCGUAAGCCUGACGCGUCCGUCUCCUCCCGUACGCAAGUCCACAGGCGAGCCUGGUCAAAGGUCGGAUUCUGCCAGUCCAAGAGCACGCCGCCAGUCAGUGCAGUCAAGGUCCUCCCAAACUGAACAUUCUCAUGUUCGCCCUGAAGCUCUGGGGCUACCAGAAGGCCCCGAUCUGCAAGAACUGAAGCGCACCAAAAGUAUACCCGACACGCUGCAUGUUCUUAUAGUGGAAGACAACCUCAUCAACCAGCGCGUUCUUGCCAAACAGCUGCGUAAUCUGGGAUGUGUCGUGAGCGUCGCCAACCAUGGUCAAGAAGCCCUUGAUUUCCUACCAAAGACGAGUCUAUGGAACGACGAUCAGCCUAUUCAUGACUCGGUUGCGCAGAAUGGUCCUCCCAAUGGCGAACUGCCCAUCGAGCUUAGCCUCAUCCUCAUGGACUGGGAGAUGCCCAUCAUGAACGGACUUACGGCCGUUGCCGAGAUACGGAAACUUGAGCAACAAGGCUUGCUAAAAGAGCGCGUGCCGAUCAUCGGGGUCACGGCGAAUGUGCGCCAACAACAGAUCGAGCAAGCUAUGGCUGCAGGAAUGGACGAUGUUGUUGGAAAGCCUUUCAGGGUUGCAGAGUUGCUCGUGCGGAUGAAGGGGAUUGUGGCUGGUAUGGAGCCGGAGGGACCGAAUGGUAGUGCGACUUUGACCGAGGGGUAUGCGAGCUUUGGAUGAAGGAAAAGUGAUUGGAUUGUAAUACACAUAAAGUAAUGGCAUUGCUCAAGGGUGAUCGCGUACGAAAAGCGAUCACAUUGUGAUAGCCACUGCUUUUAUGAUGCGUCACACCCGGGCUUGGAUGUGCGCAAUCUCG